UCGUACUAGUUGCAUGCGAAAACUUGCUAGCAAAAUGUAUGACAGCUUGGGUACAUUGCCUCACUAGCUAAAACAACGGCAACGUUAGUUAUAGACAGCUAGACCCGAAUUGGAUUUGUUUGACAACUUUGAUAAUAGCUAACGUUGCCUUUAAACCAUUUUUAAAGUAGCUGACUUAAGAAACGUAACUAGCUAACUAACGUAACCUUGAAUAGCGUUGGUUAUAAAACUAACGUUAGCUAGCCAUUUGCCAGAUUGCGUUUGCAUUGUGCUAGUAGCUAACAUUAGCAGACAGCAACUUGAACCUUCAGCGUUGUUGCACAAUGUUAGCUACAGAAUGUGAAAUCUUAAAUGACCUAUGUUACGCCUUUUUUUUUCUUUUUUUUGUAUUGCAGUAGUCUUGAAUAACUGUUCUCAAACCUCACCUCGGGGACCACCAGACGUGUCACAAUUAUAUUGUAGCCCCGAAGUAACGUUAGCACACCUGAUUCCCUUAAGUUAAUUAAGGUUAUGAUUAAUUGGCAACUUGAAUCAGGUGUGCUAGCACUGGAAAUUCACGAGGAGCGGUUUGAGAACCACUGCUGCAGUGAAGAAAUGUUCAGGAGUCCACAGAUUCUGGCCUUGACAUGCCCUGUCAGGACCCACAGACCCCUGCAGCUGUCUGGCAGAGACCCCAACGUUCCUGCCCUACCUGAGCACCCCUGUCAGAGGUGGGCUGGACCCAAAACAGGGAGAAGUCUCUGUCAGGGGGAUGGAGGGGAGGAGGCAGUAUCCCUCUCUUCAGCCAUUUCUUCACAACUUGUUAGCAGAGGCACCUCCUGUUGUGGGAGUUGUCUCCUAAAUGCUGCACCUCAACACCCCUUACAAAAAGCCACCCCUCCCAACAGUCCUCAAUUGUCUCAGGACUCUAGCUUUGUUUCUUUGAACCGUACACCACGACUGCCGGUGCUUGUAGCAUGUGACCCUUGGAAAACCACUUUAUUGGAACAUUUGGGCAAUUCUAAAGUCCCUGAAUGUUUUAGUGACCUCAAGUGCCUUCUACAAAGGAGGCAAACUGACAAUGGUAGCCAAUGUUUAUCUGCUGAGGAGAAGGUGAACGUCACAUUCAGUGUUAAAAGUAAUAGUUACAGUCCUGUUCAAAGUGGCAAGGACAUUUUUCACAGACUGCUUGCGUCCACACCCAAACUGUGGACUGUGGAUCCCCAGAGAAGCCUUUCACUCCAGAGCCGCGGCCUGCACCAGGCAACUGCCUCCUGCCCAGUGGGUGCUCUGAGGGAGUGCCUUUCAUUGGUGAACGAGGCGCGUUGCCGUCAGAGCCUGCGGCCUAACGUGGCUCUUUAUGAGAAGGACAUCUGGGGGAAGAGGGGGUCCAGUGAGGCCCAGGGGAAGUGGGCAUCCGUGCUGGUCUCUCUUUGCUCCGUGGAGGGAGAGCCCGCCUUCCUCUUCACCCUCAGAUCCACAGCACUGAAGGGCAGACACAAGGGUGAUGUCAGUUUUGCAGGGGGCAAGCGUGACCCCUCGGACAAGGACGUUGUGGACACCGCCCUGCGAGAAGCUGGUGAGGAACUGGGCAUCACUGUGGCAACAAACCAAGUUUGGGGCGUGCUGAAACCACUCAGGGAUAUGUCUGGAAUGAUGAUAGCCCCUGUACUGGCCAACCUCGGGCCCCUGGAGGCGCUGUCGUUCAAGCCAAAUCCUGCCGAGGUAGAAGAGAUCUUCACCCUGUCGGUCUCCCACGUAUGCAGCCCACAGAAUCGGGGAUACACCAACUUCCGUACCGCACAUUCAGGGGGGCAAGUGCUAAGCUACAGAGGCAUCAGGGACUGGAGCACUCCAUAGGGUCUUGGGAGUCAGGCAGCAGGUGGCAGUUGAAGGGCCAACUGAAGGUGAAUACGUCCAGGGCCUGACUACACUGCUGCUCUGCCCAGGAGCACACUGACCGGCAGGGCUGCAGCACCCCACCCUGAGGGCUGCAGUGGGGCAUGAACAUCCCACACACCAGCCUGCGCAGAGGCUGGAAACACGCCAGCUCCGUCAGCACCUAGUAAUAACCACAGAGGAGAGUGGCUGUACGGUAUCUAGUUCCAUCAGAGUCAAACACUUAAGGGAGGUCCUGCACAUCCCGUUUAUGGUAUUCUUCAGUGUGUAGUUGAUUUAUCGUGGUAGAAACAAGUGUAAUGGCUGGGAUGGAGUGAAUGGUAUCAAACACAUGAAAACCAUUUGUUUGAUACCAUUCCAUUACGGACAGUAUUAUGAGUCGUCCUCCCCUCAGCAGCCUCUACCACUAUGCACUUAUAUUAUGUUACAAAUAAUGUUCAAGUUAACUGAAAACCCAUUAAAUAAAAUGUCAAUUUAAUGUGAAAUUGCUAUUGUUCGGUGUGGUUGUGUGUUGACAGGCCAGGUGUGCGGUCUCACCAUGUACUGGCGGAGCAGCGUGGCUGCCUCUCUCUGGUCAGCAAUGGACAGCCAGAUGUUAGGGAAGGAGGUGAGGUUGUAGCUCAGGCCCUGGCACAUUUCCACCUCGAUGGGCUCACAGGACGAGCCUGGGGGAGAGGCAUGGAGAGACGGAUCCAGAAAAGGCUACUAGUCUGUCAUAAUUGAGUCAUUCUACUGAAGGCUUAGCAGUUGUGUUACAAAUGUACAAAUAAACUCAGCAAAAAAAGAAA